GUCUUUACUCAACUUGUUUCUUCUCUGUUGCUCUUUGGGGCAAAUUUCUACGGCUGCGCCUAACGCGUAAAAAUUACUGUAGCGAUCUUUUACGUUUAUAAUCUUAGUUCAAGUAACCUUCAACUUAUAUUUAGGAUUCUUUUUCCGGAUCUGUUCCGUAUCACAAAUUAAGAUAUGGCUUUGAAAAGAAUUAAUAAGGAAUUACAAGAUCUUGGGCGGGACCCUCCAGCGCAGUGUUCUGCUGGUCCAGUUGGAGAUGACUUAUUUCAUUGGCAAGCAACUAUAAUGGGACCACCGGAUAGCCCUUACCAAGGAGGCGUUUUUUUCCUCACUAUUCACUUUCCUACAGACUAUCCAUUUAAACCACCUAAGGUAGCAUUUACCACUAGAAUUUAUCAUCCAAACAUCAACAGUAAUGGUAGUAUUUGCUUGGACAUAUUACGCUCACAGUGGUCUCCAGCUCUAACAAUAUCUAAAGUUUUGCUGUCCAUAUGCUCUUUGCUUUGUGACCCUAAUCCAGAUGAUCCCUUGGUACCUGAAAUAGCUAAAAUCUACAAAACUGAUCGGGAGAAGUACAAUGAGCUGGCCAGAGAAUGGACAAGGAAAUAUGCUAUGUGACCUCUCCAAUUAUUUGAUAACUAGUGCUUCUUCCAUUACACCAUAUUAUUUUCUGCUGUUUUCCUGUUCUGGUCAGUCAGGUUAUUUGGGGCCAGUUCUUAUUUUGGGAUAUUUUGUAGCAUUCAAUAUAAAUGAAACUAUUUAAGAAAUCAUAAAUUGUUGUUAAAUUUUAUUCUGCAUAAAAAGUGUUUGGUGUAAAAUUCUACAAAAAAAUAUGAAAAAAAUUAUCCUUACAUUUAAUGCUUAUAGUACUGGCAGUUUUCUUAAUUUCUGUUAUUUAAUUUUUUUAAAUUCCAUGGAAGAAACUUUUUUAAAAAAUUUCUAGUACACUUUGCACUGUUCUUUUUCAUAUUUACUGCUAAACUAAACUAAGGCCACCUGUGCUCAAUUUCUAACUCUUAGAUUUCAACAGUUUCUGUAACCAGAACUGGAAAUGUCAUCAAUUCAGUGGAAAACAUGGCCAGACAUGUAUUUGUGUCAAUGUGUAAAUGUAAUCCCCCCUCUGAUGAAUACUGACUUCUGCUGUGUAAAUAAAACUUUUUACAUCUGCCAGAAUAUGAGCGUUAUUACAUUUUUAUUUAAUAAUUAAGUUCUGUAUUAUGAUUUACAAUGCUCGAAUAAAACAUUUUCAUCGGUAUAUCUGCAAUGUAAGCACGAAAUACCGUUGAAAACUAAGAACUAUGA